GCUUGUACUGAACGUACCUAGUCAGAGUACCUGUGCAAGUGUGUUUACAUUUUUUAAUUAAUUUACAAAUCCUCAAACUUGGAACAUGAUACGCCUUCGCCAAUUAACACGAAUUUCUGUAAAUAAAUGCGUUUGCGCAGAGCGUAAUAUUUUGGUGGGCAACAAUGGUACUAGCUCUAAGGAUGGACUAAAGGUAUGGACGCAAAACCUUAAUAAAUACAGUACAUCUGGAGCAGAUGUGGUUAAUAACAAUCAUGAGAGAGCAGACACUAACAUAUUGAAACGGGUAUUAAAUAAAGUGGGCUUUGCGCCAAAUACCAAAACGCGCUUAAGGGUGGCCAGUCACAUGUUAUACGAAAGUGUAGCUGAUAAAAUAAACUAUAUAAGUUUUUUUAAAGCUUUCGAUAUGCCCAAUACAUUCAAUUCAUGGUUUCUUGUGACCGAAUUACAUGUAUGGAUGCUACUUGUGCGUGCUAUGGCUGAAGGUUCAGAAUCUGGAGAAAACGGUCGUUUUAUUCGAAACUGCAUAGUGGAAGUUAUGUGGGGCGAUGUGAAUACACGUGCUAAAAAGCUAGGCGCACAUAAUCCAUCUAAAACUCGACAACAAAUAGAAAUUCUCUCGGAACAAUUUCAAGCAGCAUUAAUUGCUUACGACGAAGGCAUAAUGUCAGAUGAUCGAGUAUUAUCCGCUGCAUUAUGGCGUCGAUUUUUCGCAAUGAAUUGUGAUGAUGUCGUAAAGAUUGAACGUCUAGUAAAAUAUGUAAGAGAACAGAUAGUUUCUCUAGACCAGCUAUCACCUGAUGAGUUUCUACAAAAACCAAAAAUAUCGUGGAUAGAUCUGGACAAAGUAUCUGUUUAGCUGCCAUUAACAUAAGUUUAUUUUUUCAAACCUUACUGCUACAUAAACAUGAAUUAUUCAUUAUAAAUUUAUUGUAAUUCAUUAAUGUAUUCAAAUGUAUUUGAGAAUAUAAAUAUCUGCAAGUAAAUUAAUUAUA